UCGGGUCGGGAGGGCAAGCGUGAGAGAGAAGAAGCAGAGGAAGAAGAAGAAGACAAAGUCAGGGAACUGCCCCGUCGUCAGCAACACAGUCUCUCAGUCGAGUUUCAGGGGAACAGAAAGUAAAACGGCACAAUGAUGAUGAUGACCCAGCUGGAGACCACGGUGCACUACGACAACGGCUACGAGGAGCACUACAUGCCCCAGGAGGAUGAGUGGGACAGGGACAUGCUGCUCGACCCUGCCUGGGAACAACAGCAGAGGAAAACAUUCACAGCCUGGUGUAACUCCCACCUGAGGAAAGCUGGUACUCAAAUUGAAAACAUUGAGGACGACCUCAGAAAUGGACUUAAACUCAUGCUGCUGCUGGAAGUUAUCUCAGGAGAACGGUUACCUAAGCCAGACAGAGGGAAGAUGCGAUUUCAUAAGAUCGCUAACGUCAACAAAGCGUUGGAAUUCAUCACGAGCAAAGGAGUGAAACUGGUCUCCAUUGGAGCUGAAGAGAUUGUGGACGGUAAUGCAAAGAUGACUCUCGGGAUGAUCUGGACUAUCAUCCUCCGCUUCGCCAUCCAGGACAUUUCUGUGGAAGAAACAUCUGCCAAGGAAGGUCUUCUCCUGUGGUGUCAGAGGAAGACUGCCCCCUACAGGAAUGUCAAUGUCCAAAACUUCCAUGUCAGGCAGAGACGGCUGCCAACAGGAUCUGUAAGGUGCUCGGCGUGAACCAGGAGAAUGAGAAACUGAUGGAGGAAUACGAGAGGCUGGCCAGUGAGCUGCUGGAGUGGAUCCGCCGCACCACUCCCUGGCUAGAGAACCGGACUUCGGAGAAGACCAUGGCGGAGAUGCAGCGCAAGCUGGAGGA